UCUUCAACCAAUAUCACCCAACGUCGACCACCUUUGUAUUAUUACUUACAACCUGGUUUUUUUUGUGUUUUUCUUAUCAUCUUUAUCUCCCACCACCACCAUGUCUGAGAAGCACCACAGCCACCACUUUCAUCACCACAAGGAGGAAAAACCCGCCGGAGAAAUGACGAAGCAUGACUAUGAGAAGGAAGUGAAACACCACAAGCACUUGGAGCACGUCGGAAAGUUAGGUGCUGUAGCCGCUGUUGCUGUUGCUCGGCAUGAGAAGCAUAAGGCAAAGAAGGACCCAGAGAAUGCUCACAGCCACAGGAUCAAAGAGGAGAUUGCAGCAACAGCUGCAGUGACCAGUGUUGGAUUUGCUAUCCAUGAGCACCAUCAGAAGAAAGAUGCUAAAAAGGAUAAAGAAUCAGCUUUCGGGAAGAAACACCAUCACUUCUGAAAGUCAUUUCUCUAGUUCUCCCCCUCCCCCUAUCUUUUAUUUAUUUAAUUUUUUCCAGUUAGUAUUGUUUCUGUUCAAAGAUAUGAGGAUGAGAUGUAUAAUAGUAUAGUACUAUAGUUAAUGAAAAUUGAAGCCCAGUACCCCUUCAAUUUGGUUGA